GGAAAGGUACAACAAACAGAAAUCAGACCGGAGAUGGAAAGAGAAGACAAAAGCUACGUUUGAAGAUUACACGGUGUGUCCAAAAGCCAGUCGAACAUGACCGUGAACGUCCAGAGACAGAGCAACCUCAGGGAGACACUGGGGGAAGACGCCGACCAACUACUUGCGGCUGCAGCGGUCUACCACGCGCUCAACUGGAAAUACCCCGACCCACCCAGUGCCAAGAAACGAGUGACUUUCGCUGGAGGAAAGGAUUUGAUGCAGUACGCCCCGAAAGGUCGGGACCGCAAGAUAGAGCGGCGUAUUAUUCCGUGUACGCCUGCGAACUCCGUCAGGAAUACUCCUAUCCCGAGGGGCAACCUUCCCCGGGUCGCAUCCAGUUCAGUUCAGAGUACACCUAGGCACAACCAACUCCCGGGAGUUAAACUUACGGCAAGUGGGAGUAAUCGGACAAACAAGGGACUUAGUCAGUAUUCUUUACGGAGUAUGGCCAGCCCGCCUGUGACGUGUCAGUCCACACCGAGGAGGAACCCAAGGACCGGUGAGCUAUCGCGGCAGAUUUACAGCGCUUCCACGAUACGUACGCCAAGUCUCCCAGCCAGGUCAGUGGACGUCGCAACCCGACAACUCAUGAGGACGUACUGUCCCGACUCUCCCACCUACAAGCAUUUACCGACAGCAAACCGCCAACUCCUUACAAACAGACAUCUUCCUCUAAUCAAUUAUAAAGAGACAUCUUGCUCAACUCCGACUGGUCUAUACAAACGCUUCCAGAGUCUACACGGCCUUAGAAACAGUGCGACGUAUCCAUUUGAAGAGACCAGCAAGAAAGUUAAGUCCACUUUACAGGAACCGUCGUGUUUCACUAUUAGUUUUCGUAAUAACAGUGCUUUAGGGGAGACAGACGGAUACUAUGAUCCGUGCAGUGAGGUGAACAGUGACUACUAUACAGUGCAGAAGGUUUACACUCAGAAAAAGUUGGCAAGUAUUCCGCAGUUGACGACCUUGAACGGGUUGUUGUCGGGAAAGGCGAAGAUUCUUCACGGGCGGCGCCAAGAAGAAAGGUUAAGCCUCUCGGGAAGUAUCACAUCUACAGCGAGCUCACCACGGAGUAAAGCAGUCUCGGAUACGUUGAAACAAUAGGGAACGUCCAUUACUUCUCCCUUGGACUCAAGGAGACAUGUUUCAAAAUUGUAUUCUUUCCUCCCAAACAGGAUAAUUUGACAUUCCCCGUCUCGUUGGUGCCAACCAUUGUAAAGAACCUUUUUGUGUCAAACUGGUUUUUUUUACAAGAUAUACUUCGUGAGAAAGUGUUAGACGAGUUUUUAUGAGCAAUUGUGAUAGGGGACGAGGUGCUGUCGUCAUUGCGAAACUUUGUUCAAAAUUUGCCUGUCACCGACGGAUGAUUGUGACAGCGAUGGCUCCUGACCGACUUUCACCAGAGCUUACCAGCUAGGCAGGACUUGCAACUCGGGGGGCAAUUCUCGGUAAAGUUCGCGUGCUGCCAUCUGACAUACUGUCGCUGAACUCGACUCAUCAGCCUUUCGAAAGAGACAACAAGAGGUGGUAAUUAGUAGCUUUCCGCUUCAAUAUAUAUAUUUCCAUUCUGAUUGAGGAACUGCCAACUCGAGUUAUUCCUAUUCUAGUCAGCGAAGAUGACUGAAGGUAACCAUGGUGUUAGCCUGAAAUGUUAUCUUUGUCAAAUAAAUUUAUCCA